CUAGCGUUACUUUUCCGUUACAUUGUAACGGUCGGAUACACUAAUUUACCGUCAGAAAUAAGAUAAACCAGGUUAUCUCACUUUACUUCUGCUGUAGUGUUAUAUGAUAAAGUAACGUUUUUGUCACAAUUGUGUUUUAUAAAAUAAAAAUAGUAACUCUCCCCUGAAGAAAGUAAAACUUGAUGCUAGCUUCUUUCUUUUUUUUAUCAUUGAAGCUAGCUCAGAUAGCUGCAUGAGCAACACAGGGGUGGCGGCAGUUACUACUAAAGAGCACUCUUAUUCAAGGAGAAACCAGCAGGAAUCCAAAAUACAACCGGAGUAAUUAGCUGCAUUGUUGUGGAGGCAGCUCGGAGGAGGGAAUGGAUGCAGGCAAGCGAGCAGAGGCGCACCGAGGCAACGAUCUGACAGACCCAGCUCCUCAGUGAUGCAGCUGUUUAUCCGCGCUGUGGAAAACCCAGGACACCCCGGAGACUGCUUUUAAAAACGCCAACAGGCAAGAAAUCAGCGGCUAUUUGUUAUUCUGCACGUGUUGGGAUUACAUAUGAAGAGCAGGGGGAGAGCCAUGUAGCCAGUCUACUCAAUGCCUUUUACACAGAGAGAAAAUGAUACCGCCUCUUUGAUUUUUUUUUAAAUUCCCUUGUUUUCCACACCGAUGUGAUUUUUCCGCCUGUUUUCUCCCCUUUUAGCCGUGAUCUUUUUUUUCUAGCAGACCCGCCUAGUGUUUUUGCUUUUUGUUUUGAACGUGGAAGCCAAAUAUCAACUUGGUAAUAUUACAGAAGUGUGCGGAGGGGAGAGGACAGCGUUGGCAUCCAUCCAUGCGCGCUCCACACCGGACUAUUUAUUAUGGAAUUGUGACCCCAGCCGAGGUACAACACAUGCUCCCUCCUCCUACACUUUCUCCAAGUAUGUUCAUGUAAUGACGAGGUAUUUUGUUGCAUAUCUUGUGUAAAAUGCUCUGGAUGUCGGGGUAUUUUGCCGGCUUUCAGUGACGCAACAUCUCACACAGACUGCAUGAGAAAUACAUGACUAGAAGGGCGUGAACUUGCAGACACUAACCCUUCCCAUUAAUAAAGCAUCUACUCAUCUUUAAAGACAGUUUUCCUCCGUUUGCAACCCCCUUGUCCCUUCAUUGAUCUAAACUCAUCCCGUGGAAAUAAUGGAUCUCAAAGCGGACUCAGAGGACAUGGACUACAAGCAGCCGGCUCCCAUUGAAGUUUUCGCCAGCAGGUCCACGCUGCAUGGCAUCUCGCACAUGUUCACUUAUGAGCGGAUGUGUAUCAAGCGCAGCCUGUGGAUUUUGUUCUUUCUGGGCUCCGUGGGUGUACUGGUGAUGGUGUGCGUGGACCGGGUGCAGUUCUACUUCCAGUACCCUCAUAUCACCAAGCUGGAUGAGGUGGCUGCUCCGAUGAUGAUAUUCCCAUCGGUCACCUUCUGCAACCUAAACUCCUUCCGCUUCAGCAGGGUGACGCGCAACGACCUGUACCACGCUGGAGAGCUCCUUGCCUUGCUCAACGGCAGGUAUGAGAUUCGGGACCCACACCUGGUGGAGGAAAAUGUCCUGCAGAUCUUGAAGGAGAGGGCUGACUUCGACAACUAUAAGCCCCGCCCCUUCAACAUGCGCGAAUUCUACGACCGAACAGGCCAUGACAUCAAGGACAUGCUGCUCUCCUGCUACUACCGAGGCAUGGAGUGCAGUGCUGAAGACUUCACAGUGAUCUUCACACGCUACGGAAAAUGUUACACCUUCAAUUCGGGCCAAGAUGGACGACCCCUGCUGGUGACGAUGAAGGGUGGGAUGGGCAACGGCUUGGAGCUGAUGCUGGAUAUCCAGCAGGAUGAAUACUUGCCUGUGUGGGGAGAGACUGACGAGACAUCAUUUGAAGCAGGGAUCAAAGUUCAGAUCCACACCCAGGAGGAGCCACCGUUCAUAGACCAGCUGGGCUUUGGAGUGGCGCCGGGGUUCCAGACCUUUGUCUCCUGUCAGGAACAACGGCUGACGUAUUUACCUCCGCCGUGGGGGGACUGCAAGGCCACGGCGAUGGACUCAGACUUCUUCAGCACUUACAGCAUCACGGCCUGCCGGAUCGACUGUGAGACACGAUACCUGGUGGAGAACUGCAACUGUAGGAUGGUCCAUAUGCCUGAAGCAGAGGGAUGGUUAAACUGCCAAGGAGAGAAAGAUGGAGAGGGUGACAGAGACAAAGGAGAUGCCCCAUACUGCACCCCGGAGCAGUACAAGGAGUGUGCAGAUCCUGCCUUGGACUUUCUUGUCGAGAGAGACAACGACUACUGUGUGUGCGAGACACCAUGCAACUUGACACGCUAUGGUAAAGAGAUGUCCUUUGUCAAGAUACCCAGCAAAGCAUCUGCAAAGUACCUCGCAAAGAAAUUCAACAAGACAGAGCAGUACAUAGCUGAUAACAUUUUGGUUCUGGAUAUCUACUUUGAAGCUCUGAACUACGAAACCAUUGAACAAAAGAAAGCCUACGAAUUGGCAGGCCUUCUGGGUGAUAUUGGAGGUCAGAUGGGCCUCUUCAUCGGAGCCAGCAUCCUCACCAUUCUCGAACUCUUUGACUAUCUAUAUGAGGUGAUCAAGUACAAGCUGUGCCGAUGCGUGAAGAAGAAACACAAAGGCCGCAACAACAACGAUCGGGGAGCUGUGCUUAGCCUGGAUGAUGUGAAACGCCAUGCUCCUUGCGAGAACCUGCGUACACCAUCAACAUAUCCUGGCAACAUGCUACCUCAUCACCCGGGCCAGGGAAACUUUGAAGACUUCACUUGCUGAGCAGACCCGGGUGAAGCAUCAAAGUGCGUGUUAUGCAACCAAAGCCAACAAUACAACAAGACUAUCCAGCAUGGUAGUGCGAGGAACUGAUACUGGGUCAAAUGGAGGCACUUCUUUUCAUAGAAACGGAGAAAAACAAGCAAAUCAAAUACGACAAAGAACUUUCACCCGAGGCCAAGUGGAGAGUAUAUCCCAAACAUAAAAAUAUCUCUGUCAAAUUUCCGGAGAACAUUUCAUGCAGCACUCUAAACUCUCUAUGUCUGUGUUUUCCUCUGGAAUACUGCCGCAAAGGAUGCUCAUGGAGAAACCUUGCCAACACGGACCUCUCUUUCAAAAGACAGAAAAAAAAAUGAAAAAAUAAUGGAAAAUGUACAGUUAUCUCAUCAUAGACAGCCGAUCAGAAAAAUAGCCCCCAUGCCUUUAUAUAACACAGCAACACAUGAUGGUUUCAUAGAACACCGGGGCUGCUAGAGGGACAAAUCUUCAUACUGCUUACUUCACUGUACAUGUAGCAACAUCUGUAAGUGUCGCAGCGCGCCAUAAAACAACAGUUGGACUCUGUGUAGUUUGUACGAGAAUGUAUCUAUGUUCACAGUGAGUGUAGUCGGGGUGUGCGAGAAGUUGACGGUUUGUGGUUGUGGUGGUGGCAGAGGUAGUGAUAGAGGUGCAUCAUCUGCCAUUUAAAACGUACUGGUGAAGAUUUCAGGUCUCAUCAUGUAAAUGCAUGCUUGUAUUCGUCCAGUGCAUGUUUUUCCUUUCAUUUCUAAUUUUGAUUUCUUCAUAUAUAUAUAUAUAUAUAUAUAUAUAUACAUAUACAUAUAUAUAUACAUAUAUAAACCAAGUUUGCCUCCACGACAUACUACAAAAGGAAGUUGAUACAUCCCAUAUGUUUCUGUGUGGGUGGGUGGGUGUGUGUGUGUUCAUGGGGGCCGACACCAGUACCUAAGCAGGUACAGUGUGUUUGUUGAUUGCGCAAAUGGAUGAGCUACACCUGAUUUAAUUUCUCAUCUGUUCCUUUUUCAUUUUCAUUUGUGCCCACUGAGUCAAGGCGUCCUCAUUCAGCGUUCAUUCAACUUCAUUUACUCUUAUCUUGACUGCAGGAUGAGGUGACAGUUGUUGUUUUGUUUUUUUUUUCUUGAGGAGAGUUGAUUGCUGAAAUCCUUGGGAGUUUUGUGGGGCUGUUAAAAUAUUUCUGUAUCUGUGUUCUAGUUGCAAAAGUCUUAUCAAAGCACAAUACCGCCAGUAUGUAGAGGUGAUGUAAAAGAAAAUGUACUAUUCUUCUUGAUAUAUUGUCAUAUUAUUAAUAUCGUGUUGAUCCGACUGUUUUAUUUUUUUUUUCUUUUUCUUUUUCUUUCAUAUAAAACAUAAUCAAUAUUGCCUGAUAAUCCUGUCUCCAUCUUCCAGAUAAUAGGCUGGUCUAUUUAGUUAUCAAAGCAUAAAUAAAAUGUAAAUAUCA